AUGGCUAAUCCGGGGAACUCCGAUCCAUCUGGAUGCCGCUUCAAUGCAACCGCAACCCUAACCAAGCUACGAGGCUCACUACUCGCUGCAGUGGGUAGACAAAAUGUCGAAAUCGAUCCCACACCGAUCCCCGCGACGACAGCGCACCGUCGUCGGGCCUCUGUUUCCACUGCCUCCCUCGAUCGAGACGAAACCCUCGCUGAGAAGAUCUCCGACCAGCUGGACCAUGGUGAACCGGUGAAGGAAACUGAAGAAACGAUCUUGUACCUUGCGUACGGGUCGAAUCUGGCUUCCAAGACAUUCCGCGGUAUGAGGGGGAUUAAACCGAUUUCGCAGAUUGGGGUUUUCGUUCCUGAGCUUAGGCUCUCAUUUGAUCUUCCGGGGAUUCCGUAUCUGGAGCCUUGUUUUGCGGGGACACAGUAUCGGGAUGUGUCGCAUGAUGAUGGCGAUGAUGGCGAUGACGAUGGCUAUCUCGAUUCAAACGAGGUGUCGGAGAAGGCCGCGCUAAUGGGCCAGACACAGCGUGAAUUCUAUCACAAGCGGCGAUGGAGUAGACCUCUAGUUGGUGUGGUUUACGAAGUCACUCUUGCAGACUAUGCGAAAAUCAUCGCUACAGAAGGUGGUGGUCGUGGAUACCGUGAUGGUGUCAUUGAUUGCUACCCAUUCCCCGAAGACUAUGAUUCCUCCGACCCGGUCCCUCAACAUCCCUCGACGCCAGCAUUCAAGGCCCGCACACUUCUCUCGCCCGCUGCGGAUGAUGCUCGGAUUCGCUCGCAGAUGCAGCGUGGCGGUGCGGUGGUUUCUAAACCGACACUGUCGUGGUGGUAUACCAUUGGGUUGCACUUCCGGCCUGAUCCCGACUAUGCACAGCCUUCUGCUCGGUAUUUGAAUUUGAUCAAGACUGGUGCUGCAGAGCAUGAUCUCCCUGUGUCGUAUCAGAAGUAUUUGGCGCAGAUUAGGACAUAUCAUAUUACGACCAGGGGGCAGAAGGCCGGGAAGGUGAUCUUCAUGGUUUUAUGGGUGCCGUGGCUGCUUUUGGUUCUCACGUUGUCGAAAAUCUUUGCUGGGGCUGAUGGACGGAGUCCGCCUUGGUUGGUGGCCAUGGCCAAUGUUUUGUUCUCGGGGAUGUGGAAUAGCUAUGACCUGUUCUUUGCGAGGGUCUUUGGGAACGGUGAGCGGACUCUGAGUGAUAUCCCCGCCUGA